AUGGAUCCAAACAAAUGGACAGAUGCAACAGUUCAAAUGUUCAAAGAAUCACAAGAAAAAGCAUUUGAAAGAAAGAAUGCAUAUAUCAUGCCAAUUCACAUGAUGAAUGCAAUUGUUGAAGAAGAGUCGAAUAUUAUUAUCCGAAUAGUCGAGAUGAUGGGAGGUGAUGUUAGUAAAAUGAAGAAAGAAAUACAAGAAAGGAAUGAAUAA